AUGGAGGUGGGGGCAGCGGGGUUCGAGCGGCGCCUGCCGCGCCUGCGGGGCCGCCUCCGCCGCGCCGCCUUCCUCGGGCUUGAUAUGGAAUUUACAGGCUUACAUUCAGCUUUCCCACAAAAUAACAGGCCAAGUCUGUUUGAUUCCCCAGCUGAGUGGUAUCUGAAGGCCAGGCAGAGUGUACAGCGCUUUACAGUUAGUCAGUUUGGACUGGCGAUAUUCUCAAAUGAAAACUCAAACAAGUAUGUGGUGCAUUCAUACAACUUUUUUCUCUUUCCUUCAACGUUUGGAGUUACAGAUGCUGAAUUCACCCUCUCUGCAUCUAGCAUUCAAUUCCUGUCUCAUUAUGGCUUUGACUAUAAUAAGUUCCUGAAAGAUGGAAUCCCAUACAUGAAUGAAUUACAGGAGAAGAACCUUAUCCAGCAUCUCUUGGCAGGUAGCUGGAAAGCCUGCAGUGCCCUGGACAGGGACAGGAUGAAGAAGGCUAUUGAUGAAGUGACGCGCUGGAUAGCAGCAGCAGAGGAAGAGGAGACUAUGAUUCUGCAGGAUCUGAGUGGCAUUCAGAUGUUUGAAGUUCAACUGGUUUUGAGGCGAGCUCUCCAAAAUGUUUGGACACAGCCUCUUGGAGGUAAUGAGGUGAUAGUAAAAAAAGUGAGUCCACAUCAUCGUCGGCUUCUGGAGAAUUCUUCUCAUGACUCCUGCCAGAAAGAGCUCAUUCUUAUGUCUGCCCGAGGCUUCACCAACCUCUUCCAGGCACUUGUUAAAGCCAAGAAGCCCCUGGUGGGACACAACAUGCUCAUGGACCUUUUGCAUCUUCAUGACAAGUUCUACAAGCCCCUUCCAGAAAGCUAUGAAGAGUUUAAAAGGAACAUUCACAGCCUGUUUCCUGUCCUCAUAGACACCAAGACUGUAACAAAAUCUAUCUGGAAGAAAUACCCAUUUCCUCGAGUAUCUAAUCUUUUAGAGGUGUAUGAGGUUUUGUGCAGCAGUGAUCUAAAUCACACAGAUUCAUCGUGCCCAGUGAUUGUUCUUGCAAGUGACUGCUCAAGAUAUGCUGAGAAGAAGUCUCCUCAUGAGGCAGGCUAUGAUGCAUUUCUCUGUGGCUCAGUUCUUCUGAAAGUAGCUCACUUGCUACUUUACACAUCAACAGAUGUCACAGCAGAGGCCGAUCCAUCUUUUUCUGAGUACCUCAGUACAUUAGUCAAGUAUCUGAACAAGGUGCAUUUCAUCCGAGGUGGCGUUUCAAGCAUUAAUUUUUCUGGGGUAGAUGCUCCUUGCCGACGUCCCCCUCUCCUGGUUGUCCACGUCCAAGGUUGGCGAGGGAUGAAUGAAAGGCAUAUUUACCAAGAGUUAAAAGCUCUUUGUCGGUUUGAUGUUAAACGUAUCUCAGAGAACCAGUUCAUUUUGCUGUCCAGUAAAUUUAAGCAUGCCAGGCUUGCUCUGCAAGAUUAUAAAGAUCACCCUAAUCUGCAGAUUUCUCUCUAUCGCCACUGGAGGCACUCUCCACACGUGAACUGCCUGUUGCAAGUCUCCAGUAUUGUUGCACUGUGGUCUCUCUUGGCCUUCGUCCUCGGAGGAGCUCCUUGCUAUUCAGUGUAAAGGAUUGUUUUAUGGAUGAGGACUGAGGAACACUGAGCUUAUUUUCUGUCUAUGUUUUUUUUCCUCUCUUUGCACAAUAAAGUA